GCCAAUGAGAAAUCGGAUCGCAGUUCUUCCUCGCUCAGAUGGAUUGCAAUUAGAAAAUAAGCUGGUUGUCCAUAGUUAUGGGGCAAAAAGUGCAGUGAACUUAGGUGACUGGCAAAUUGGGUUAGCACAUGCAAGUGUGGCGAGUUUCCGGAUUUGUGUCACCCGCGAGCGCAAUUAAAAUCAAUAGAGCGCAGCGAAAUCAGUCAGGCUUAUGACAGGACACUCCUGCAGGACACGGGUCAGUUGUACUUGUGCUGUCGCGUGGAAGGACCGACCAUGGAGCUGCGUCGGAAAAUCGCCUGGCGAGUCCUGCCGCUCUUCCUGCUGGGGUUUCUGCUGACCGUGGGCGAGGCCUAUCUGAAGAGUGUCCGGGUGGAGGAGAUACCCUUUGCCGGGAGGAAGGUCCAGGUCCUGGCCAGCCGUCGGUCCAGCGGCAUUCACCUCAUCUCCAGCCUGGAGCAUCAGCGCACUUUCCUGCACCUAUUCCAUGUGCCCUACAUAAUUUGCUUCUACGCCGCUAAGGGAAAAUGGCCGUAUGUACCAGGAUUCAUGAAGUACCGCGUUGACAAUGCAGCUCGAAGUUUUUUCCACCAGAACGACAGUUUCAUCAAACAAUUCUGCACCAAGUGGAUUCAGGUCAAGGAGUGCUUUCGUCCCCUGUUCGACAAAUCGAAUACGACUACUGAUGUGGAGGUGGAGACCCUGAAUGCCAAAAUUCAGGGACAGGCUGGGCAGGCUUGCAACUGCGACAAGCUGCUCCUCUCAACGGAGCCACCUGUGCCGGUGGUUUAUUUCGACAAGAACUACAUUGGAAACGUGAGUUCGGAGACCAUUAUGAACACCAUUGAGUUCCUGGAGAGUUUCCUGCCACCACCCACUAAAAAGCACAAGCGCAAGAAUCGCGUGCGUGGACGCCUGGAUGAUAUUGACAUUGAUUAGAGAUCAUGCCUUCACCAUACUUACUUCUUGCACAGCCUUUUAAAAUAAAACCACACCUUGACACCAAAAUGAGACCGUUGGAGUUUAAAU